UAAUUUUGGGGCGAGCUUUUUUUAGCUUGACGUAAAGGUGCUGUCGUCAGUCUGCAGCAUCAGGAAGAAAAAAAAAAUAACGGGCUUGAUAAACACGCUCAUCCCGAGGAUUAUAAUCCUAGCGGAAGAUGGUGGCAAAGCAGAGGAUCCGCAUGGCCAACGAGAAACACAGCAAAAACAUCACGCAGAGAGGAAACGUGGCCAAGACGCUGCGACCACAAGAGGAGAAGUAUCCUGUGGGCCCCUGGUUACUCGCCCUGUUUGUAUUUGUUGUGUGUGGAUCAGCCAUAUUUCAGAUUAUUCAAAGCAUCCGCAUGGGAAUGUGAUCCAGAAUCGAACCCCCGACCCGUGUCCCACAUCUGUCCUGCACUCACCUCGCCUGCUCACCCUGUACCCCCUACCACAGGC